UUUUUUUUAAAAAGCAUGAAUGGCAGGCAUUCCCAGUAGUGAGAACUAUAUGAAGGAAGGUGGUCAUUUUGGGGAAAAAUGAAUGGUUUAAUUUGGCUGGAAUAUGAGGGACAGUAGGAAGAGAUGAGAUGGGAAGGUAUCUUGAGUAAGAUUUUGCAGGAAUGUGAAAGUCAACUCGAUAGAGAAGAUGGGCAGAUGGAAGAUACUUUGAUAGACCGUAGGAAGUCAAUGAAAGUUUUUGAGCAGAGGUGUAAUAUGAUGAAAAACAAAUUUACACCCAUCAGAGUCCCACUCAUACAUAUACUCAGUUUUCCAUUCAUACUCAAAUUAACCCCUCACCUACCCAUCCACCCCCCUCCUAGAGCUCCUGCGGCAGCUUGCCCUACCCCAGCUCCCUGGCUGGGCAGGGGAUGCACACAUGGUCUGCUCCCCUCUUGCUGUCUUUCCCCUUCCCUGCUUGGGGCUGGGAGGCAGGCCAGGGUUAGCUGAGGCUGGCUGGCAGGCAGCCUGGUGGUGCCAGGGAAAGCCUGCGCAGUGCCAGGUGGUGCCUUAAGUUCCAGGCUUACACCAUGACCCCGAUAACCUUGUGCCUACGCACACACCUGCCCUCACGCCACCCCAAUCCGGGCUAUGGUAUGGAGGAGGGGGCACAGGGCCAGGCAGAACGGAGGGACUUUGGCUCCAUCUCUACAAAAGGGAACUCUGUGAGUCAGCCUGCUCCCCUCCAGGCUUGCUCCUCCCCCACCCAGCUCCUGUUUCCAAUGCACGUACACCCCGUACACACCGUGUCUGGGACACCGUACAGUCAGCCACAUGGCUCCCCUGUGCCCUAGUCCCUGGCUCCCUCUGCAGAUCACAGCUCCUGCUCCAGGCCCCACUGUGCAACUGCUGCUGCUACUGCUGCUCUUGGUACCUACCCAUCCCCAGCGCCUAUCCCAGAUGCAGGGGACUCCCUCCAUGGGAGGAGAUUCAUCUGAGGAAGAUGAUCCACUGGGCGAGGAGGACCUGCCCAGUGAAGAGGAUCUGCCUGGAGAGGAGGACACGCCCGGAAUGAAGACUGAAGCAGAAGAGGACACCCCGAAGAUAGAGGAUCUACCCACUGUGGCUCCCAGGGCCACUCACGGGAAGAACAAAGGGGAUGACCACAGUCAUUGGCGCUAUGGAGGCGACCCGCCCUGGCCCCAGGUGUCCCCAACCUGCGCCGGCUGCUUCCAGUCCCCGGUGGACAUCCGCCCGGAGCACACGGCUUUUUGCCCCGCCCUGGGACCCCUGAAACUCCAGGGCUUUGGGCUCCCGCCUCUCCCCGAACUGCGCCUCCGAAACAAUGGCCACACCGCUGACUCUGCCUCCCGGGCUGGAGAUGGCCCUGGGUCCCGGGCGGGAGUACCGGGCCCUGCAGUUGCACCUGCACUGGGGGUCUGCGGGUCGCCCCGGCUCGGAGCACACGGUUGGCGGCCACCGUUUCCCUGCCGAGAUCCACGUGGUUCACCUCAGCACUGCAUUUGCCAAAGUCGAGGAGGCCUUGGGGCGCCCAGGGGGCCUGGCCGUCCUGGCCGCCUUUCUGCAGGAAGGCCCGGAAGAAAACGGCGCCUAUCAGCAGCUGCUGUCUCAUUUGGAAGAAGUCGCCGAGGCAGCGCUUUGGAGGGGGGCCAUCUAGGUGAGAUUCCAGCACAGGUCCUCUCCGCAGACUCAGAGACUUGGGUGCCAGGACUGGACGUAUCUGCACUGCUGCCCUCAGAUCUCAGCCGCUACUUCCGAUAUGAGGGGUCUCUGACCACACCCCCCUGUGCCCAAGGGGUCAUCUGGACUGUUUUCAACCAGACAGUGAGACUGAGUGCUAAGCAGCUCCACACCCUCUCUGACUCCCUGUGGGGACCUGAGGGCUCUCGGCUACAGCUGAACUUCCGAGCCACGCAGCCUUUGAAUGGGCGAACGAUCGAGGCCUCCUUCCCUACUGGAGCGGAGCGGACUGUUGAGACUGUUCAGCCAGUCCACCUGAACUCCUGCCUCGCUGCUGGUGACAUCCUGGCCCUGGUCUUUGGCAUUCUCUUUGCUGUGACCAGCCUUGCCUUCCUUGUGCAAAUGAAAAGGCAGCAAAAACAUCCAAGUGGGACCAAAGGGGCCGUUAGCUACCAUCCAGCAGAGGUCACGGAGACUGUGGCCUAGAGGCCUGGAACUUGGAGAAUGUGCAGAGAAGCCAGCCAGAGGAAUCUGAGAGGAGCUGGAGACUUUGGUCUGUCCUGCCUCUUACACCACUUCCUUUUUAGUCACCAAAGAUUUUUAAAAAAAUAAAUGUUUCUAAUAAAAUAUGUGGAAGGUAG